AAGCCCCACCUCUUAAUAACUGAGUUAUAAAUACACUGUGCUGUAGUGUACUCUGCAGAGAUCUUUCUUGCUGAUUCUUUCUCUGGAUUGCUUAACCUGUGGAGUUCUGAGCUUCAGGAUGGUUUAUGCUAAGUGCUGGACACUGAAGAAGCACUUUGUAGGACUACCAAACAAAAGUGACUUUGAGCUAAAGGAGGUUGAGCUACCAGCCUUAAAAAAUGGAGAAGUCCUCCUUGAAGCUUUGUUCCUCAGCCUUGACCCCUACAUGAGACUUGGUGCGAAGGUUUAUUUGAAGGAGGGUGAUACAAUUAUGGGAAGCCAAGUUGCCAGAGUUGUGGAAAGUAAGAACUCAGCCUUUCCAGUAGGUAGCACUGUGGUGGCUCGUUCUGGAUGGACAACCCACUCCAUCUCUGAUGGAAAAGACCUAGAGACUUUGCUUGCUGAGUGGCCAGACAAGUUACCUAUAUCUUUGGCUCUGGGGACCAUUGGCAUGCCAGGCUUAACAGCCUACUUUGGGCUCCUUCACAUCUGUGCUCCGAAGGAGGGAGACACUGUGAUGGUCAAUGCAGCCGCAGGAGCAGUGGGCUCAGUGGUAGGACAGAUUGCCAAGAUCAAAGGCUGCAAAGUGGUUGGCUCUGCUGGCUCAGAUGAAAAGGUUGCAUUCCUUAAAAAAGUUGGUUUUGAUGUUGCCUUUAACUAUAAGACAGUAGGAUCUUUAGAAGAAACACUGAAGAAAGCUUCUCCAGAUGGCUAUGAUUGCUAUUUUGACAAUGUAGGUGGAACAUUUACAAAUGCAGUUAUCCCCCAGAUGAAGAAAUUUGGAAAAAUUGCUAUAUGUGGAGCCAUUUCCACGUACAACAGUGAAGAGCCUCAACAAGGAAUCUAUAUCCAACUUCCCUUUAUCUAUAAUGAGCUACGUAUGGAAGGAUUUAUUUUCAGUCGCUGGCAAGGAGACAUCCGCCAGAAAGCUCUAAAAGACUUGUUGAAAUGGGUCUUAGAGGGCAAAAUCCAGUACCGAGAAUACAUCACCGAAGGUUUUGAAAAUAUGCCAGCAGCGUUCAUAGGAAUGUUAAAAGGAGAGAAUUUGGGGAAAACAUUAGUGAAAGUAUGAGUGACCCAAGAGUACAUCACACUGGAAAUCUGGAGAACAUAUUAGUGUGUUUAAGUUCCCUAAAACCUUGUGGAAAUAUGUGCCUAUUGUAUUAAAAUACUAAGAAACACCAACUGUAA